AUGAACAGCCAACUGCAAGUGAAAAAAGAAGCAGUGUAGGAACUUCUCACAAGUGAAUGCACUUACUUUCUGGAUCAUUUACUGGUUCUCAAGAUGAUAUUUAUGAGGACUCUAAAAUACCUCCAGAGUAAUGAAUUUCUCUUGGACGUGGACUUAUGGAGACUUUCUGCAAACUUGGAGGAAUUAAAUAAGCUUAGCCUGGUUCUCUGUGGAAAAUUUUUGGAAACUGUGAAGGAAUAUGUCAGUGAAUCAGGAUCACCUAUGAACUUCAUCUCCACACUCAGAAAGUUUUUCCAGGGUGACCUCUGCCAGACACACCAGAUUUAUUGCCUCAAUCAUACCACCACUGUCUUCUACUUGGAAAAGCUGAGACAGAGGGAAGAUUUUGGCAUCUACCUGAAGUGGUGUGAGCAGGAGGAGCAGUGCAGGAGGCUGCACCUGACGGAGCUGCUGGUGGCUCCUCUGCACCGCCUGACCCGCUAUCUCCUCCUCCCGAACAACAUCUGGAAGAGGAGCACUGAUGAAACAAAGAAAGAUUCUAUCUGGUUACUUGAAGAGAAAGUGAAAAAGUCCAUACAGGAUCUGAAAGGUAAAGUCAAGUGGUUGGACAACUUUCAGAAAUUCAGGCAGCUCCAUGAGGUCAUAAUUUGGCCUGAAGUCUGGGAUCAUUACAAGAGAUUCUUUGUCCCAGAGGGUUUGAAACAAAGCUUGAGAGAGAACAACAGUGAAAACAUUUUGUCUUCAGCAAGCAGACUUCUUCACGACAGGAGGCUGACACUGGCAGAAAGCACAAGACUUCUUGAUGUCUACCUCUUUCUAUUUGAUGAUUUCCUAUCAAUCACCAAAAUUAAACGUAACAAAAAGAAAUACGGGGGCUCAGACACAGGCUUAACCCUUGUCUGUCCUUCCCUUGCUCCGGAGCUGCAGUCAGUUGUAAGAGAAGGUGGAUUUUGCCAAGUCUUGGACCAACCCAUCCCAUUGGACAGACUAAUACUGAAAAACGUUGAUGCCAUCCAUGUAACAGUUUUCAGCCUGCGAAAUGCUUUCCUAAUACAGCAUGAAAAUAGAUAUCGGCAGUGCAUAGCGGUCUUCCUGCUACAAGCACAAACAGAGUCUGCCAAGAAAACAUGGAUGUCACAGAUAGAAAGAGCAAUCUCCAAUUACAUGAAGUGA